CCUGCAUAAUGUUUGUACACCACUGCAAACCAGUAAUUCACAUUCACUGUCUACAACAGGUCGUUGCUCUCUCCGCUGAGUCCCCGUAGUCACAGUAUCCUGAUUGCGUCCGUCAUACCGAAGAAAACUGCGGCUCUGACCCCUCCUCUCCAGUCUUACCCAUCUCUACGCCCGUCUGCGGCACAACCAAAGCCAUGGCUGGAUGGUUUACUUCAGGCACUUCUGCCUUGGAUGAGCAGAUUGAGAAGGCCACCUCCUCCAGCUUGGAAGACAUCGCCACGAGCCUCGAAAUCUCCGACCUCAUCCGAUCCAAAACAGUGCAGCCUAAAGAUGCCAUGCGGUCAUUGAAGAGGCGGAUAGGCAACAAGAAUCCCAAUGUGCAAAUCUCGGCCUUGAAGCUCACCGAUACCUGCGUCAAGAAUGGAGGGUCACAUUUCCUGACAGAGAUUGCCUCCCGAGAGUUUAUGGACAAUCUCGUCUCGUUGUUGAAAGCGUACGGGGUCGCAGCGGUCAACGACGACGUCAAGACAAAGAUCCUCGAGGUGAUCCAGACCUGGGCUAGUGCUACACAAGGUCGAUACGAGCUGUCAUACAUCAACGAGGUCUACAAGAGUCUGCAGAGAGAAGGAUUCCUGUUUCCUCCUAAGACGGAGAUCGCAAGCAGUAUGGUGGAUAGCAGCGCACCUCCAGAGUGGUCCGACAGUGAUGUAUGCAUGCGCUGUCGAACGGCCUUUACCUUCACAAAUCGCAAGCACCAUUGCCGAAAUUGCGGCAAUGUCUUCGACCAGCAAUGCUCCUCCAAGUCGAUUCCUCUCCCACACCUAGGCAUCAUGCAGCCCGUCCGAGUUGACGAUGGUUGUUACGACAAACUGACCAAGAAGUCAGGUGGUUCCGAACGUCGAGUAUCCUUCGCACCGAAACCUAGUACGAUGCAACCACGAAGUGCAAGAGUAGAGACGAGCAGUUUCGACCAAGACUUGAAAAGAGCUUUGGAGAUGAGUUUGGAGGAGGCCAAGGGAAUUUCAAGCUCUGGUUAUGUUCCGCAGCCACAAUCGAAGCCAGAGCCGGCGAAGACAAAUGGCGUUUCCAACGAGGAAGAGGACGAUCCAGACUUGAAAGCCGCGAUUGCAUUGUCUCUCAAAGAAGCCGAAGAACAGGCCAAGAAGCACGCAGCGUCAAUCAAAAAAUCUGCAGCUGACGGAGCAAGCUCAACGCAACCAUUUGUCAUGCCUAAGAACGACUAUGAGCUGUCAGUGAUGGAAGCGGAAAACAUCAACUUGUUCUCGACCCUCGUAGACCGGCUACAACAUCAGCCACCAGGCACAAUCCUACGUGAACCACAGAUCCAAGAGCUAUAUGAAAGCAUCGGCAAACUCCGACCAAAGUUGGCCCGGACGUUGGGAGAGACAAUGUCCAAAAAUGAUGCCCUGCUUGACCUGCAUUCCAAGCUAUCCACCGUUGUCCGCUAUUAUGAUCGCAUGCUUGAAGAGCGAUUGAACAACACCUACAACCAGAGGAACCCGGGCUACCCGGGCUAUGGCAUGCCAUCACCUGCUGCACCUCAAGCUUCUGGAAUGUAUCCAUCAAUAUCAACAGGUCCGCCUCCUCCCAUGAGUGCUGGGCCUGGAGGAGCAGAGAACUAUUACUUCAGCAAUGCGCCAGCCGAGUCAUAUGCUCCGCCUCCACAACAAACACCAAUGCCACAACCUCAACGAUCAUACUCUUACUCGAGUCAGAAGCAAGAGACCCAAGCUUCAUCGUACCCAUAUCAAAACCAGCCACAGCAGCAGCCAGCUCCACAAUACAAUCAACCGUCGUCUCCUCAGAUGUACCAUCAACAAUACCCACCUCAAUCCUCACAGCCACCAUCUGCAUACCCUCAAUUACCGCCGCCUGAUCCUCAGCAAACUCCCACGCCGCAUUCGCAAAUGCAAGAAGCUCCACCUCCUCAAUCACAAUAUCCACCUCAGUCACAACAACCACCUUAUCCGCAACAGCAACCACAACCGCAGCCUCAAAGCUAUCAUCAAAAUCAGGCUCAGCAAUACCCACCUCAACAGCAACCACAACAGGCACCUCCGCAGCAAUCCCUGCCAUCUUCAUACCCUGCAUAUCCUAGCUACAGCCAAGAUCAAUUCCCUUCUGCGCCGCAACAUACGCCAGGAUACCCACAACAGCAGUCCGUAUCACAAGAGCAUCAGCCGCAGCGUGUCGCUGUAGAAGAAAGCUUGAUUGAGCUCUAGUUUGAUUACAACAGCUGUGCAGAUUCGUACCUCUUCAGUCGAGUCGGAACUUUAGCAGAGCGAGGCCACCUUCACAGGACGUGGUGCAUAUUUGGUCUAGCAUUAUUCUAGCUUGCAUUGACGAAUAGCUGGUACGGCGUCUUCAUUCUACAUAGCUCAAGAGAUACCCCACGCUGAAACAGAGCUUUUCUUUGUCUAAGUGAUU